AUGUCCACCAAAGUGUUCGUAAGCGGCGGUUCUGGCUACAUUGGCCUGCAGGUGGCGAGAGCCUUCAGGCGCAAUGGGUACCGCGUGUACGCCCUGGUGCGAGGGGAGGACAAGGCCGCAGCCCUCCGUCGGGACGAGAUCAUUCCCGUCCUCGGAGACCUGAGCAAGCCGGAGACCUACAUCGAGUACGUCAAGCAAGCGUCCGUCAUCGUCGACAACGUGUACGACACCUCAGAGGCCCAGCCCGGCCGUUCCAACAAGCAGCUGCUCGAUCUUGUCGUCGAGACGGCCGAGCAAGGUUGGCACCAAAAGAAGACGUUCAUCUACACGUCGGGCGUGCUGGUGUACGGCGACCGCCCGGAGGAGGUGGUCGACGAGACCACGCCGGUCAACCCGCACCCGCUCAUCCAGUGGCGCAUCGACCACGAGAAGGCGGUGGUGGGCCAGGACAAGAUCAACGGCGUCGUCAUCCGCCCGAGCUUCGUCUACGGCUACUCGGGCAGCUUCUCCUCCUACCUCUUCAACAUCACCGGCGACACCCUGGUCAUCCGCGGAAAGCGCGAGCGCAAGUGGUCGUGGGUGCAUGUGGACGACCUGGCCCAGGCCUACGUGUUGGCGGUGCAGAAGAUUCACGCGGCCAAGGGCGAGGUCUUCAACAUCGCCUCGCCCACCAGCUCGCCCACGUGGGAGGAGCUCAAUCAGCGCGCCGCCAAGCUCCCGGCUGGUGACGAUUUCUGGAGCCAGUUCAUCGACGCCACGGUGGUGGUCAACCCGAAGAAGGCCGUCGACGUGCUGGGCUGGCGGCCGCACCACCUGGGCCUCGUCGAGGAGCUCCCGCUGCUCUACGAGACCAUCAAGGCCUUCCAGCCGCCCAAGUGA